CAGGCAAUUGUUGUGCCACAUUCCCACAAUGAUCCAGGAUGGUUGAGAACAAUUGAAGAAUAUUUUGCGGAAAACACAGAAUCAAUUCUGAAUAACAUGCUCGAGAAGUUAAUUGAGCAUCAAGAAAUGACCUUCGUUUGGGCAGAAACAGUAUUUCUUUCUAUGUGGUGGAAUAAUUUAACAGAUGAAAAAAGAAAAAUAUUCAACAUGCUUGUUGAAAGUGGACGAUUAGAGAUAGUUGGAGGAGGUUGGGUGGUGCCCGAUGAAGCUGUCACUCAUUACUCAUCAUUAAUUUUGAAUUUCCUUGAAGGACAUCGUUGGCUGAAAAAAAAAAUUUUAUUCAAACCAAAAAUCACAUGGUCUCUUGACCCCUUUGGAUAUUCAUCAUUUUUUCCAUAUCUCUACAAUAGAAUUGGUUAUAAAUCUUCUAUAAUUUUGAGGGUGAAUACAUACAUCAAAACUGAGAUGGCAAUGAAGAAGUUGUUGCAUUUUAAAUGGAGACAGGUUUGA